AUGCCUCUCCGUCCCUGCAAGGUCCUAAUCGUGGGGGGUGGGAUCGCUGGUCUCUCCCUUGCGCUUAUGCUGGAAAAGAAUGCUGUGGACUAUUUAUUACUGGAGGCAUACCCGAAUAUUGUGACAGAGGUUGGGGCUGGUAUCUGCAUGAUGCCCAACGGUCUCCGAGUCCUUGAUCAGCUGGGCUGCUAUGAGGAUUUACUCAGUCAUACCCGGAAUCCCGUCACGAGUGUAACCUGGCGAGAUCUAGAGGGCAAGGCACUAGGGUCGGUGGAUGGAUCAACUAUAAGUGAAAGAUAUGGUUAUCCCUAUCUGUGGAUGGACCGCAAGGCACUGCUCGAGGUUCUUUACAGUCGUAUCUCAGACAAAUCGAAGGUGUUGACGCAAAAGCGUAUCGCAACGGUUCAAUACAAUGAGAACUGCGUCGAGGUCACCACGAUAGAUGGAUCAAGAUACAGCGGUGACAUUCUUGUUGGAGCCGAUGGGACGCACUCCUGUAUCAGACAAGAAAUGGUUCGCUUAGCAGAAACCCUCGGGCACCAGGACGAUUAUGGUGACGACGCUCCUGCAACCUAUUCCUGCAUCUUCGGCGUCUCAACUGGGGUUUCUGGAAUCCCCUUAGGCUGUCUCGACUUUGUAGUAAACGAACAGUCCUCACACAUCAUCGGGAGUGGACCUGAUAACCGGACGUACUGGUUUCUUAUGGCGCACAUGGGGCAAACAUUCCACGGCGAAGAUAUCCCUCAAUUAAGCAACAAAGAACAAGAUGCCCUCGCGCAAAAACACUGGAAUGACCACAUUACGCCAGAUGUGCGAUUCUCAGAUCUCUAUAAGAACAGAAUAUCGACAAUAUACACCCCUAUGCGUGAGUGCGUGGACAGACAUUGGCACCUGAACAGAGUCAUGCUCAUUGGAGAUGCCGUACAUAAGCGCAGCGGCGUUGACAAACAACCUCAUGGAGGUCUUAUCGCAACCGUCGUCUUUGGGUGCGCCGUCGACUACGGAACUUCACAGCAUAUUUCAGCAGGUCCAAGAUAUGCGCGCCCCAAGAUUGUCCCAAAUUAUGCAUAUGGCCCACAGUCGGCAACAGAUGGACGCGAUGGAGACUCCGGAAUUAAGAGAUACUAUUUUGAACAAGUUCCCUAA